AUGGAUAAGCACGGAGUUCCGCUUGGCACACUCAAGGAGUGUCUUGAGUUCCUGGCGUGGUUGAACAAUGAUAAGAAGACGCGAAGCCUGGUGGCCAAAGAACUGUCUAACCGCCUUAAAGGCAAAUACCAAGACGUUAAUCCGUCAAAAAGUGGCGACGCACUCACCACUUUCCUUAUCAGCGUGUCCAAAUUCCAUAAGAAAUUGUGCAGGAAUGCUAAUGCCGUUAAUAAUGGCAAACAAGAUCCCAUCGCCGUACUAGAUGCUCUUUUAGAAUGUAUACCCAAGUUCUUAGCCGUGAUGUACUUUCUGCGCUACCAGGUGGACGAUAAGUUCAAUAAGCUGGGUGGAGGGAAGUGGGCGGGCCUGCAGGUUGGUGUAGGUAUACUUGGCGGUGAGCUGCAGACAUAUCUCACUGAACCGCCCAGCUCUAAAAAGUAUGGUGUUGUUCCUGGAGGAUUCGGUAAACAAGAGUUGAAACGUGGUUAUCGCCAGGGUUCUUAUAUGACCGAUGACCUUGAACAAAUUUGUGAAAAAUAUUCCCAUAUGCCAAAUAUACGAAAUUAUUUCCUCGACGUGUAUUCCACUUCAGUGCUCGGACAACAUGGCACAGAUCUUCCGAAUACAGCCAACGCCCUGGCGCUGGUGAGAACGUUUUGCUUAAUAGUAGGAGGAGAAGAUGGUAGGGAUGGCGGACAGAUAAAAAGUAAAUUGGAUGAGGAGAUCACAAUGUACGGAAAAUCCAUUUGUUGGAAUAAUUUAAAAGAACAUUGUGAGAAGCUUAAGUCUGAAUUUAGAAAAAUUUUCACCAACCAGCGUUUUUCAUUCACCGGCUUCGGUAGGGAUACUAAAGACCUUAUGAAAGAAGAGUUCGCAAAGGUAACUGCAAAAUGGUUGAGAGAUAAUUUGGGCCAAGUGAAGGCUAAUUUGGAGAAGAUUAAAAUAGAUAACACGAUGAAAAGUACCGCAGACUAUUUCACCAAAAAUCUCUUCCCAUAUGGCUUCACAUUUGACAGAUAUAACUUCGAAAGACAGAAGGCUCAGCAAAAUGUUUUGCAAGAGAAUUGGGCCAAUGUAAUUAAUGUGCUUCGUCAGAAGGGUGACGGAUUGGAAAGGCUUAAAACAAUUUUGGAUGGUGAAGUGUGUCCACCGGAGAAAAAAGAAGAUGAAGACGAGGAAGGCACGAAAGCUGAGGGAGCACAGAACCAGGGUAAGAAGGGUGACGCACCUCCAUGUCAGAAUACCAGUCAAAGUCGAGAUGCGUCUUCAGGUUCAGCAAGUGGAGACUCUGCUACAACUCUAUCUGCCGGUAAGGAUGGAGCUGCAGGCCUGAAAGGGCCCACCGGAGAGAAAGGCUCAAAAGGGCCUCCUGGUCCCGUAGCUCCGGCGUCUUCUUCGACUCAAGAUACAUCAGCUAAGCAAACUGUACAACCUCAUCAACCUGCACCUCAAGCCCCGCCAGUUCCUCCCCCUCCCCUAGCUACCGGCAAUUCUCCUGGCACCCCUAGUCAGCAAGGUAUCCCGGGUGCGGGUUCACCGGGCGGUGAUACUCAAGGUCUACAGCCUGCUGUAUCUCCAGUCGCCGUGCUCACUCAGACUCCGGGUGUUACAGGGUCAAUGAUUGGGCCAACUGGUGGUAAGGUGGCUGUUGCACAAGGUGGUCAACCAGGUAGUCAAGCUCCCGGUCAAACUCCAAGCAGCGUCACUGCUGCGCCGGGUGCCACGCCGUCUGGUGGAGGUGGGAGCGGAUACGCAUACUACAUCGAGCCGUGUUAA